AUGACACUAAUUAAUCUUAUUAAUAAUGCCAAUAGUGACGCAGCAAAAAUUGAUGCGAAUGGAAAUGAACAAAUUGCACCAAAAAUUUUUACUGUUGAUAAACUGAAUGAACAAUAUCAAUUAAAUCAAAAUUUUUCACCAAGUCCUCUACGUGGUUUAUUAAAUUAUAUUAAAAAAUAUUACAGACCAAGUCCAGAAUGUUUGAAAAGAAAUUUAUACCAUCGUAUACCUAUCAUUGAAUGGAUACAAAAUUAUAAUCUAAAAGAAUGGAUAGGAUCUGAUAUUAUUUCAGGAUUGACUAUUGGAAUUGUGCAUAUUCCACAAGGACUUGGCUAUGCAAUUUUAGCUGGUUUACCGCCUGUGACGGGACUAUAUGUUUCCUUUUUUCCCGUUAUUCUUUAUGCUAUUCUUGGCUCAUCAAAACAUCUUUCAAUUGGGACUUUUGCUGUCACUUCGCUGAUGAUACUGGCUGCUAUGAAUAGUCGUGUUGGCACUCUGAUUCCACCAUAUGGUGCAAUGAGUUCAACUAAUACUAACACAACAUUUUUCAGUGAUUAUUACACUGCUCAACCCUAUGAUACAUCUGAACAGUCACUACUAACGGUCUCUACUCUUUCAAGUACAUCAGCGUCAGGUUCACAACGUUAUCUCAGUAAUAAUCCGAAUGAAGCUCGAAUAAUGGUGGGAGCAGCGUUAGCAUUCGUUGCAGGUAUUAUACAUCUUGGAAUGGCUAUUUUGCACUUUGGUUACGUAACAGUUUAUUUAUCGGAUUCAAUUGUUCAGGGUUUUACUACUGGUUGUGCUAUACAUAUAAUUACUAGUCAAAUACCACCGUUACUCGGAAUUAAAAUAAAAACAGUGGGAGGACAGUCAAAAGUUAUUAAAAACUGGAUUGAAAUAUUCAAGAACAUAAAAUAUUCAAAUGGUGCAACAGUCAUUGUCGGUAGUAUAAGUAUUGCGCUAUUUGCCGGUGUACGUGAUCAAAUUAAUGAACGAUUUAAAGGACGAAUGCCACUACCAGUACCAAUUGAACUAAUUAUUGUAAUUCUUGGAACUGGAUUGUCAGCUGCAUUCGAUUUUAACGUUCAAUCUCCACAGGUUGUUGGCAUAUUGGCAUCCAUUAUUGUUCUAAUUGUGAUAUUGGCUGUUGGUCCCGUUUUUCGGACACUUCCAAAUGCCUGUUUAGCUGCUAUUAUUGUUACGGCAAUGAAAAAUAUGCUGCUACAAACAAAACAAUUGCCUGUUCUUUGGCGAACGAAUAAAUUAGAAUUUUUAGCAUGGAUUAUUACAUUUUGGGGUGUCGUUCUAUUAGAUGUUGAUUAUGGUUUAUAUAUUGGUGUUGUAGCAACUAUUCUGUUGUUAAUCAUUCGUACUCAACGGUAA